GUUAAGUCAGUAAUGAAAAACCAUACAGUAACAACUUUUAUCCUCCUGGGACUGACUGAUGAUCCACAGUUGAAGAUCAUGAUUUUCGUCUUUCUAUUUCUCACCUACUUGCUGAGCAUAACUGGAAACCUCACGAUCAUUUCCCUUGCUUUCAUAGAUUCUCACCUUAAAACUGCCAUGUACUUUUUCCUGCAAAAUUUCUCUCUUUUAGAAAUCUCAUUUACAACAGCUUGUAUCCCCAAAUAUUUGUACAAUAUCUCAUCAGGAGACAAGACAAUCUCAUACAACAACUGUGUCAUUCAAGUUUUUUUUACUGACCUCUUCGGUGCUACAGAAUUCUUUCUCCUGGCUGCCAUGUCCUAUGACCGAUAUGUAGCCAUCUGCAAACCCCUGCAUUACAUGACUAUCAUGAACUAUGGGACCUGUAGAAGACUCAUCCUUUGGUGCUGGGUGGCUGGCUUGCUGAUCUUAUUUCCUCCAGUUAGUCUGGGCCUCAAUCUUGAAUUCUGUGACUCCAAUGUUAUUGAUCAUUUUCUCUGUGAUGCACCUCCACUCCUGAAGAUCUCAUGCUCAGAAACAUGGCUCAUAGAGAAGAUCAUUAUAAUCUGUGCUGUGUUGACCUUUAUCAUGACCUUGUUAUGUGUAGUUCUAUCUUACAUGUAUAUCCUCAAGACCAUUCUACAAUUUCCCUCUGCCCAGCAAAGAAAAAAGGCAUUUUCCACCUGUUCUUCCCACAUGAUUGUGGUUUCUAUCACCUAUGGAAGCUGCAUUUUCAUCUAUGUUAAACCUUCAUCAAAAGAAUCAGUGGCUAUUAAUAAAGGUGUGGCAGUGCUUACCACUUCCAUAGCUCCUAUGUUGAACCCCUUCAUUUACACCUUGAGAAACAAGCAAGUGAAACAAGCUUUUAAGGACACAAUCAAAAGAGUUGCAUUAUUCUUGAAGAAACAAGGGAAUCGUUAG